AUUUCAAUCGAAACGAUUGAAAUUCAAACCGUAUGGUUAAAAAAUUAUUCUAACCCUUAGCGCUGUUGAAAAUUAUUAAUUUUAUUCGACGUACCUAAUUAAAACUACAGUAAUGCCCGUGGACCAGAUUCAAUAUUCGGAAAGAUAUACAGAUGACGUCUACGAAUACAGGCAUGUCAUCUUACCACCGGAUAUAGCCCGCAUGGUGCCAAAAUCCCAUCUUAUGACAGAGACAGAGUGGCGAAACCUUGGUGUUCAGCAGAGUCCCGGCUGGCUCCACUUUAUGGUGCAUAAUCCUGAACCCCAUGUUCUAUUAUUUAGAAGACCUAGAACUGAUAUACCGGCUCCCUUGAAUGGCUUAGAUACAAAUACUAGUUCUGCUGUGAAGGUUUGACUGUUUUUGUUGCAUAGGCAUAUUUUUAGGUGUCAUAGCUUAAUAUUAUUUAAAUUGCUUAUUGAAACUAUUAUAGUUAAGACAAAACAAAAAAACUUUUCAAUUUAUUAUAAAUUAGCAGACAUCAAUUAUUAUUAUAUUACUUUAUUUUGUCUCAGUCUAAAUUCAAAUCGGGGGUUUUAAUAAAAUUAUUCAUGACUUUGGAUAACACAAAGGCUUGUUUGUGGAUAAUUCUCUGGAGGAGCUUGGAUGAGGCUCAUAAGCUCUACACAAAAAGACUAAAGUACAUUGAGUUGUUACUUGUUUAUUAUUGAGAAUAAAUUUAACCAUAGAUAGAAUUUUAACUUUGACCUCC